AUGAAAACAAAUGCUUUGUAUGAAGAAGCAAGAGAAUUGACUUAUUCUGAUUUCCCUUCCAAAUGGGUUUGGCAUAACAAAGACAAGGAAUGGAAAUUGAGGAAGCAAAGAUUAUGUGUAGGAAGGAUAUUCUACUCUCAUCCUGGAAGUGGUGAACGAUUUUAUUUGCAAAUGUUGCUUAACAUUGUUAAAGGACCUCGGUCUUUCGAGGAAAUAAGAACUAUAAAUAGUGUGUUGUACCCAACUUUCAAGGCAGCAUGUUACGCUCUUGGUUUGCUUGAUGAUGAUAAAGAGUGGCAUGAAGUUUUAAAUCAUGCGUCUUAUUGGGUUUCAGGGAAGCAACUUCGUGAACUUUUUGCAACAAUGUUGAUUAUUUGUGAGCGAGAAAGAAGAAUUUUACGAUAUAAUGACCUAUAUCUUAGUGACUCACAAUUACAAGACUAUGCACUUUGUGAUAUCGAACAGUUAUUGAACAAAAAUGCAAGGUCUUUGAGAGAAUUUGAGACAGUGCCAUAUCAUAACACAUUACUUCUUAGUCAAAGUACCAAUAGAUUAUUGCAAGAAGAAUUGGAUUAUGAUAUGGUUGUUUUGGCAGAGGAGCAUAUCAAACUUCUUAAGGGUCUAAAUUAUGAACAAAGAAAGAUAUAUGAUGCAGUAAUUGGAUUAGUAAUAGAAGAAAAGGGUGGUGUUUUCUUAGUUUAUGGACAUUGCGGCACUGAAAAGACUUAUUUAUGGAGAACCUUGAUAUAUCGAUUGCGCUCAGAAAGGAAAAUAGUCAUUGCAGUUGCAUCAUCUAGGAUUGCAGCAUUAUUGUUACCUAGUGGAAGAACUGCUCAUUCAAGGUUUCAGAUACCGAUUAAUGUAUCAAAUAGCUCAACUUGCGGAUUAAGCAAGGUUCACAACUUGCAAACCUAA